GCUUACUCUCAUCCCAGUUCUUCAAACAGCCUGCUAGCCGACUUCUUGGAGCGUUUUACCAACCACAGCUAUGGAGGUGACGAUGGACCCUAUGUUUUUAGCUUGGAGCUAUUUCAGGAGGAGAAAACUUCAACAAUGUUCCGACAUUUGCUCUAAAAUACUGCAAGAAAACCCGUACGACCAGGCUGCAUGGAGCUUGAAAACCCGUGCACUUACAGAGAUGGUCUACAUUGAUGAAGUUGAGGUAGACCAGGAGGGGAUUGCUGAGAUGAUGCUGGAUGAGAGCUCAAUUGCUCAAGUUGCACGACCAGGAACAUCACUGAGGCUCCCUGGCACAAGUCAGGGUGGGGGUCCCACACAGGCUGUCAGGCCUAUGACACAAUCAGGACGUCCAAUCACAGGAUUUGUAAGACCCGGCACACAGUCGGGGCGUCCUGGGACAAUGGAGCAGGCCAUCAAGACGCCACGCACUGCAAGCACCGCCCGGCCUGUUACUAGUGCCUCUGGCAGACAUAUUCGCAUGGGAACAGCGUCAAUGUUAACCAAUCCUGAAGGGCCAUUUAUAAACCUGUCCAGACUAAAUUUGGCCAAGUAUUCCCAAAAGCCAAAUUUAUCCAGGACUCUUUUUGAGUACAUCUUCCAUCAUGAAAAUGAUGUGAAAAAUGCUUUAGAUUUAGCUGCUCUUGCCACUGAGCAUGCUCAGUUCAGAGACUGGUGGUGGAAAGUUCAGCUGGGAAAAUGCUACUACAGGCUUGGUUUAUAUCGGGAAGCAGAAAAACAGUUUAGAUCAGCACUCAACCAACAAGAGGUGGUGGACACAUACCUCUACCUUGCAAAAGUGUAUCAACGCCUGGACCAACCAAUAACAGCACUCAACCUUUUCAAACAAGGUCUGGAUCACUUUCCUGGUGAGGUUACCCUUCUAACAGGAAUUGCCCGCAUACAUGAGGAGAUGAACAACAUCUCAUCAGCCACUGAAUACUACAAAGAUGUCCUGAAGCAGGACAACACUCACGUCGAGGCUAUAGCCUGUAUCGGCAGCAACCACUUUUACACGGAUCAGCCUGAGAUCGCUCUGCGCUUUUACAGGCGGCUGCUCCAGAUGGGGGUGUAUAAUUGCCAGCUGUACAACAACCUGGGACUGUGCUGCUUCUAUGCUCAGCAGUAUGAUAUGACUCUGUCCUCCUUUGAAAGGGCUCUGGCUCUGGUGGCCAAUGAUGAAGAGCAGGCUGAUGUCUGGUAUAACAUCGGACAUGUGGCAGUGGGAAUUGGGGAUUUGACUCUGGCCUAUCAGUGUUUUAAACUGACUUUGGCUUUUAAUAAUGACCACGCUGAGGCCUACAACAACCUGGCUGUCCUAGAGCUGCGCAAAGGCCGCAUUGAACAGUCUAAAGCCUUCCUGCAGACUGCAGAAUCACUCUCCCCUCACAUGUAUGAGCCCCACUACAAUCUCUCCAUUCUAUCUGAAAAGAUCGGAGACCUCCAGAGCAGCUACACUGCUGCACAAAAGUCUGAGGACUCUUUUCCAGAGCACGUCGACACGCAGCAGCUUCUGAGGCAGCUCCGACAGCACUUUGCUGAGCUGUGAGCAGCCGGCCAGCAUUCUUAAAAAUCAAGGCAUAGUCGGAAUAGAAAGUUGGCACAGAUCAGGGAAACUGCAGUGGUAUGUAAAGAAAAAUGGUAGACAGUUGACAAGAUAAUCAGAC